UGAGUGACACGUGACGAGGAAGGAGGAGGGCUUUACUCGGUGUGACUGGUUAGACACUAAUGUGCUGAUCUCAGAUGACCAACAUUUCAAAUGGAGGACUCAUCUCUACAGCUGCUGCUGGUUCUGAUCUCACUGCUGAGCUGCACAACCAACCAAGCCUCUCUGACUGUGAGUCCCAACAGCUCUCAGAUGUUUAAAGGACAGUCUGUCUCUCUGAGCUGUGAGGAGGACGACAGCUCUGCUGGAUGGACUCUGAGGGGGAACACAACCAGAAAAACUAGAGCUGAGUGCAAAGACAUGGGAGGAAUAUCUGCUGGUUCUUCCUGUAACAUCAGCUACAUGACCUCAUCAGACAGUGGAGUUUACUGGUGUGAGUCCAGAGAGGGAGCAACCAGUAACAGCAUCAACAUCACUGUCACUGGUAGACCAGUGAUCCUGCAGAGUCCUGUCCUCCCUGUGAUGGAGGGAGAAGACCUCACUCUGCUCUGUAAAACAGAGACGUCCUCCAACCUCCCAGCUGGUUUCUAUAAAGAUGGCUCCUUCAUCAGGACUGAGCCUGCAGGUCACAUGACCAUCCACCAUGUUUCCAGGUCUGAUGAAGGCCUCUACAAGUGUCUCAUCAGCAGUGUUGGAGAGUCUCCACCCAGCUGGGUCUCUGUCACAGUUCUGACCUCACUGCUGAGCUGCCCAACAAACCAAGCCUCUCUGACUGUGAGUCCCAGCAGCUCUCAGAUGUUUAAAGGACAGUCUGUCUCUCUGAGCUGUGAGGAGGACGACAGCUCUGCUGGAUGGACUCUGAGGAGGAACACAACCAGAAAAACCAGAGCUGAGUGUAAAGACUGGGGAGGAAUAUCUGCUGGUUCUUCCUGUAACAUCAGCUACAUGUUCCCAUCAGACAGUGGAGUUUACUGGUGUGAGUCCAGAGAGGGAGCAACCAGUAACAGCAUCAACAUCACUGUCACUGGUGGACCAGUGAUCCUGCAGAGUCCUGUCCUCCCUGUGAUGGAGGGAGAAGACCUCACUCUGCUCUGUAAAACAAAGACGUCCUCCAACCUCCCAGCUGGUUUCUAUAAAGAUGGCUCCUUCAUCAGGACUGAGCCUGCAGGUCACAUGACCAUCCACCAUGUUUCCAGGUCUGAUGAAGGCCUCUACAAGUGUAACAUCAGCAGUGUUGGAGAGUCUCCACCCAGCUGGGUCUCUGUCACAGAGAAACCAAAGAUCACAAGCCCACCUCCGAGCUCUCUGCCGCCCCCUGACACCGCAGCUCCGCCCCCGACCUCAGACCACCUCCAUCUUGUGAUCAGACUGGUCGUCCACCUGGUGGUGUUCUGUCCAUACUGCAUCUCUGGUGUUAAUUAUCUACAUUUUCUUUCUAACCUGCUCUGACUGUAGGAAAUGACC